GGCGCCAACAGCUCCAGAACACGGCGGCUCCCUGGCCCGGACUACUCGACGAACCAUCGAUGAAGAAGCCUCUCGCUCUGCCAGCGGCGAUGACCGGUAUCACCAACUGGCUUCUCUUCUGCCAGUGCACCGCCUACCUACUCGCCUUCGUGCUGGCGCUGUUCGCGGCGGUGCCGCUGGGCCAGGAUCAGCACGAACUGCACGGCCGCUGCCUGCUGUACGCGGCGGGCGGCUGGCAGCGCGGCAACGGCAGCGGGGGCGCCGGCUCCGGCUGUGCGCAGACGCAGUGCUUCCACCUGGCGCGCUGGGGUCCGGUGUCCGCCUGUCGCUUCAGCCUCUUCGUGGGGAUCUUCAGCUGCGUGUACUCUGCGCUGCAGGCUUUCAGGAGCACCUACAUUCUCUACAAGGGCUUCGAGGAAUCACCCUUUUCAGAAUUUAUAGGCAUGCUCCUUAGCUGCACCAUUGCUUUAUUGAUGCUGAUUGCUAGUGCCACAGUGAGUGAUGGGCUUAAAAUAUGGUGCCGCUCAGUCACUGACAAGGGUAAUGUGACAAUCAGUUGCAGAGAUGCUCAAGAAGAACCUCUUAAUCUGAAUGUGGUUCCCACUUUGUUCUAUGACCACUUUGGUACUGCACAGUUUGGCCUCUGGUGUGCUUGGGUGGUGUGGAUUAUAUUGGCAGUCCUUGCUCUCAUGAAAGUUUCUCAAAAUCGUGGUAAAGACAACUUUUCUGUACAGUACAAAGAGGCACUUCUAAGCCCGCAAUCACAAGGAUAUUUUCAUGGACAAGUGACCAAUGUAUUCAUUUAACCAAAUAAACUAUAACUGAUUACAAUUCACUAAUGUGGAAAGCAGGAUCAGCAUGUGAUCAUGCUGUAAAAUCUUCAAAACUUCCAUUUAUUGGGAGAAAACAAGAUCUGUUUUGGUCUAGUUUUAUUUCUUAUCAGUAAAUGGAUAAUUUGUCUUAACAUUAUUUGCAAGGAAUUUGGAAUGAGCUAUUGCAAAUUAUUUGCUGAAUGGGCUCUUCUGUAUGCUUAAUGAGGCACAUGAGUAGUUCUGUUUGCUGCAGUUCAUUAGUGAGAAAUUGUUCCAGGAGUCCUAGAUGUUUUUAAUUUAUAAAUGACAGUGGUAAAAGUGAGAGACCAAUGAGGCCAUAAAUGUAUAUAAGGAAAGAAAUUGGGGGAAAUUUGAUGUACAUAGACUAAUAUGUGGAAUCUUGUGGUAUACAAACUUGCCCAUUGUCUUUAGUUAUUUAUCACAGAAUUGAUUUGACUGCAUUUCAUUUUGGGUGUCUCUAGUUUUAGGGUGGAAGUUGAUCAUCUCAAUCUGGUGGCCAACUUUUUUUCAUGUUGUAAUUAUAGUGAUAUUAAGGGAACUUGGGCAGAUUCUGGACACCAACUCCCUUGAAGAUGUAAUCAGUAUUGUGUAAUAAAUUAAGAUGAAAUCUUUAACUGCUUAAUUGUUCAGUCAUUGAAAUAAAAUUGUCCCAGUGGAAGUUUAUCCGAACAAGCCUGACAUCCAAUCUCGCCUAAAAUUUAGAAUGGAUAACUGGAUCACCACAACAAAGUUUGUGUGGCAGUAAACUGAUUUUGUAACUGUUCUAGCAAGAUCUGGUUAAAUAACAUCUGUUUGCAGCUAGGAAAUCUUGCAUACAGUUUGAUAAGAGGAAGAGGAUAUCCAUUUUAUUAAAUGUUUCCAUUUUUUUGUUUAUGUAAUGGA